GAUUUUAUUUGCAUCUAGAAUCUUUACUGGAGAAUGAUGCCUUUUAAAACGACUUCUCUGCUUUGUCUGAUCUUUCUCCUCAUGAUCACGGGAGCUCUUGGGAAUAAAUGGAGUGUGACAUACAGCGAACCAAAUCUCUGUGCUUUAAAAGGAUCAACAGUCUUUAUGAACAUCAUGUACACACACCCAACACAUCUUACAGUGGAGAACAGGUUUUGGUUAAUAGACCCAGUUCAUGGUAAAGAGCUGACUGAUCUGCGUAAUGAAUCAGGUUACUCAGACAGAGUGGAGUAUUUAGGAGAUGAACAGAAACACUCCCUCAGACUGAGUAACGUGAAGAAAACAGAUGAACACAAGUACUACUUCAGAAUCAUAACAAAUGAAGAAAGAGAAAGAUACCAGGGUCAUUCUGGAGUUACACGAUUAGACGAUUUAAAUGAAAAUACGAGCACAUACAGGCAUGAUAACAAGAAGGUAACUGAUGAAAGAAAAAUCCACACUGCUUAUGGCCAUGAACUGCUUUCAUCAUUCUUAUCGUGGAACUCUCUAGAUCCUCCAAAGAACGUCUCAGUGUCCAUCAGCUCCUCUGGUGAAAUAGUGGAGGGCAGUUCAGUGACUCUGACCUGCAGCAGUGAUGCUAACCCACCUGUGGAGAACUACACCUGGUUUAAGGGGACAACAUCAGUAGGAAAAGGAAAUACUUACAACAUCUCCAAGAUCAGCUCUGAGGACAGUGGAGAGUACAAGUGCAAGUGCAGUAAUGAAGUCAGACAUCAGGACUCCAUAAGUGUAGCUCUGAAUGUUCUGUAUCCACCAAAGAACGUCUCAGUGUCCAUCAGCUCCUCUGGUGAAAUAGUGGAGGGCAGUUCAGUGACUCUGACCUGCAGCAGUGAUGCUAACCCACCUGUGGAGAACUACACCUGGUUUAAGGAGAAAGAAUCAUCACCUGUAGGAUCUGGACAGAGUUACGGAGCACUACAGAGUGGACAGUACUACUGCGAGGCUCAGAAUAAACACGGCUCUGAGAGAUCAGCUGCAGUGUCCAUCACUUUAAACAGUAAGAGUGAUGAUGUAAAUCUAUAAAUCAGAAUCACACUGAUAAAUAUUUAACACUGAUUCAUUAUCACAUCAUCGUGCACACAGGGGUUCAGAGCUUAGGUGUGUACGCAGGUGUUGGGGCUGUUGUGUUUGUGUGUGUUUGUCUCAUCAUCACCUUCCUGUUUAUAAGGUAAGAAAAUACAAGAAUUUGUAUUUCUUUGUGCUGAUAAAUCCAUCACUAAUUCCUCUGAAGAAGCUCA